UCCACACUGCUCCUUUAGCCUAAUACUUGAUGAUGGAAGAUCCAAAGAAACAGUUGAACCAGGUAGAAAGACCCAUCAAAGCCAAAUAAUUCAGCUAACACGUUUUGUAACCAGUGUGUUUCUCAGAAGCAAUAAGAUUAUGUGGAUCAGCUGGUGUGCUUUGUGUUUGGUGAAAAGAAGCUUAUUUAAAUGAAGAGAGCCAGGAAAUCUGUGUCUCAGUCCAGAAGGAAGAUGGGUUCCCCAGAAGACCCUGACUAUCCUCAAAUCAUUGUGCAAUACAGCAAUGGAUUUUUAAUCUCAAAGGUUAUGUUCACUGCCUGUGAGCUGGGGGUGUUUGAUCUUCUUCUGGAGUCAGGAAAGCCUCUGUCUUCAGAUGCCAUUGCUGCAGGUGUGGGUGCCAGCACCAUGGGGAUGAAAAGAUUGCUGGAUGCCUGUGUGGGAUUGAAGCUCUUGGCAGUAGAGAUGACACAAGAAGGAGCCCUCUACAGAAACACAGAAAUUUCCAAUGUCUACCUUACAAAAUCAAGUCCAAAGUCUCAGUAUCAUAUUAUGAUGUAUUAUUCCAACACAGUCUACUUGUGCUGGCAGUACCUGGCUGAUGCUGUGAGAGAAGGAAGAAACCAAUAUGAAAGAGCUUUUGGUGUUUCAUCUAAAGACCCUUUUGGAGCAAUGUACAGAUCAGAUGAAGAAAUGUUAAAAUUCAUGGCUGGCCAGAACUCAGUAUGGAGUAUAUGUGGCAGAGAUGUUCUUGCUGCAUUUGACCUUUCCCCUUUCACGCAGAUCUAUGACCUGGGAGGAGGUGGAGGAGCUUUGGCCCAAGAGUGUGUUUCUUUAUAUCCAAAUUCUACCGUCACAAUUUAUGACCUGCCCAAAGUUGUGCAGGUGGCCAAAGAACAGUUUGUUUCCCCUGAGGAGCGUCAGAUCACUUUCCAUGAAGGAGACUUCUUUAAUGAUGCAAUACCUGAAGCUGAACUCUAUAUUUUAUCCAAGAUACUGCAUGAUUGGGAUGAUGACAAAUGCAAACAACUGCUGGCAAAAGUCUACAAAGCUUGCAAACCUGGUGGUGGAGUACUGCUGGUUGAAUCCCUUCUGAAUGAAGAUAAAAGUGGGCCUGUAGAAACCCAGCUAUAUUCAAUGAAUAUGUUGGUCCAGACAGAAGGGAAAGAGCGAACAGCAGCAGAGUACAGCAAGCUCCUGGAGGCAGCUGGCUUUGGAGUGAUUCAAGUAAAGAGGACUGGAAAACUCUAUGAUGCUAUGUUAGGAAGGAAACAGUAGUACGUGUUUUAUGUAUGUAACAAAACAGAAAAGGUUGAGAAAUGUGCUAUUUUCUUCUUAGUGGGCAAUGAUCAGCUUAGCUUUUAGUUAAGGCUGCCAACUUUUUUGUAAGCUGAUACAUUGUCAAAAGACUCACUAAUAACAGAUCUUCAACAUGCAUGUAUUACAAAUGUAGAAGCCUGGCUUGGCUUGACUUUGGAUCUGGGAGGAAAAGAAAGAAAUCAGCACCUGUUCCACAAGAAACAAUCCACAGAAGAAAUGUGUAAUGUGUCUGCUUCAGCUUGUAUCUGUCUUUCUGA